AUGUCUUACUAUGAGCCUCAAGGUUGGCAGGCACCGGCACCUGCGCCACGCCAGGUGUCGUGGGAGCAGCCGGUUCCUCCGUCACGAUCAGGGACUAGCUCCGUUUCUCAACGCGAAGAUCCACCUGCCUUUGCUUCCCAGUUCGAUGAGGUCGAUCGCGCCGUUGACAACCUGGUCAAGAGUGGGAAGCUGUGGGCUGCUCCUCGGAGAGACUCCAUGCCCCUGAUGAUGAACCGUCCCUACUCUGAAUACGAUCACCGCCUCAUGGCAGCUAUCCCCCAGCGCCACCAUUCUAUCAGCGAGUUUGAUGGUGCCCGACCUCAACCGACGGCCAACCUCCAGGGCUUCUACGCCGCGCAACGGUUUCAGAACCGUCCAAGUGAAGUGGAACAGAUGAUGCAGGCAAAGCGUCGGAUGGCGGCACAGCGUGAGAGGGAGCUCCGCAACUAUCAUCAGGAACAGCAGUACAACCGAAGCCUGCUUGCCGAAAUGUCUGGAAACAAAUCCGACCGCUCCCUCAGCCCUGCUGCCAUGAGCGAGGAAAGCCGUCGAGACCUCCUCGCCCGUCAGCACCGGGCUCUGUACGGCAAUGACAGCCCCGCCUUCUUCCCCCCAGGCAACCUCGGUGAUGACGCCUCUCGCUCGGAUGGCCAGCCUGCAGUCACUGCGUCUACCGGCGGCAUUCGCGGACCGUCCCCACGUGGUGUUGACCCAUUUGGCCUUGGCCAGACCGCUGGAUCAGCAAACCCGGAUAAUGCAACUCAGGCUGCUGCGGCGGCGGCGGCGGCGGCGGCACUUCAGUCCCCAUCCCGUGCCAAUAGCACAUCCUCGCCUGGCUCUGGCGCUAACCCUGUCUAUGGCAACUUGGAAAGCGCUGCCGAGCAGACAGUCGCCUCGACUUCGUCCCCUGGACGUGCCGACUCUCCAUCCUCGGUCCAGACUUCAUCCAAGUCAGCCACUAACCCCGUUGGCUCCGUGGGCCCUAUCGGAACUCGCCCUGCUCAGCAGAUUGGAAACUCGGCUGCGAGCAAGCGUUCUACUACCCCUCUGACUUCCCCACUCAGCUUCGGAUUCACUCCUGGCGAUGCCUCUUCUGUUUCCGGAAAUGAGAAUCCCACUUCUUCCGCCUCCAACCCUCCAAGCAGUGCCCCUGCAGGUGGUCGUGCAUCCAUGGAUUCCUCUGCGAGUGCAGUAGGACUUAGCUGGGGUAGUGGCAGUGGUGUCUGGGGAUCGAAGAACGGCUUGGGUGUCCAGGCUUCCGUGUGGGGCUAG